CAGUCUGCCUCAGCUGAACGGUGACUGUACACAUUCAAGAUGGCCGCUGCGAUGGACGACGAAUUUGAAGACGCACCUGAUGUGGAGCCUUUAGAACCGACCCUGAAGAACAUAAUCGAACAGAAGUCCCUGAAAUGGAUCUUCGUUGGUGGGAAAGGUGGUGUCGGUAAAACCACCUGCAGCUGUAGUUUGGCCGUCCAGCUGGCUGCCGUCAGAGAGAGCGUCCUCAUCAUAUCCACAGAUCCGGCCCAUAACAUCUCUGAUGCUUUUGACCAGAAAUUCUCAAAGGUGCCUACUAAAGUUAAGGGCUACGACAACCUCUUUGCAAUGGAGAUUGACCCAAGCUUGGGCGUCGCCGAACUGCCUGAUGAAUUCUUUGAGGAGGACAACAUGCUCAGCAUGGGCAAGAAAAUGAUGCAGGAAGCCAUGAGUGCUUUCCCUGGCAUUGACGAGGCUAUGAGCUACGCAGAGGUCAUGAGGUUAGUGAAAGGAAUGAACUUCUCAGUUGUGGUGUUUGACACUGCGCCGACUGGCCACACGCUGCGUCUGCUCAACUUCCCCACCAUCGUGGAGCGAGGCCUGGGUCGCCUCAUGAAAAUAAAGAACCAGAUCAGCCCCUUCAUUUCUCAGAUGUGUAACAUGCUUGGUCUGGGUGACAUGAAUGCAGACCAGCUGGCGUCCAAACUGGAGGAAACUCUACCAGUCAUUCGCUCCGUUAGUGAGCAGUUCAAAGAUCCUGAACAGACGACCUUCAUCUGUGUUUGUAUCGCAGAGUUCCUGUCGCUCUACGAGACAGAGCGGCUGAUCCAGGAACUAGCCAAGUGUCGCAUCGACACACACAACAUCAUUGUCAACCAGCUGGUUUUCCCCGAAGCAGAGAAGCCUUGUAAAAUGUGUGAAGCCCGUCACAAAAUUCAGUCCAAAUAUUUAGACCAGAUGGAGGAUCUUUAUGAAGAUUUUCACAUAGUUAAGUUACCGCUGCUGCCUCAUGAAGUUCGAGGUGCCGACAAGGUCAACACAUUCUCGAAGCAGCUUCUGGAACCAUACAAACCCCCAAACAAGUGAUCUCUCACUUGUCGGACCUCUUCUCAACUGCCCCCGUGUCUCCCUCUCUUCCCUCUAAGUCUGUAGAUAAAACACUUCAACGGUCUGAACGCGGCUGCUCCGAGUUUUCCCACCCCACCUCGUCUUAAACCUUGCAGCAACAGUCUCAUAAUGAUCCACUCUGUCCUCUGAAGCAGAACACUCCUACAUCAACAACACACUCACAUUCCCAAACUGAAGGGGAGCUGAUGAGAACACACACACACACACAACCUCAUUGUGAGAUGGGGCGGUGCGUAUAUGCAGUCUAACUCUCGGUUUAUUCUCGUGUUCAUAUCCUUUGUGGCAGUUCUAGUCUUACUGCAUUCAACUUGGUCUCAACAGAACCAUCCUAUCUCGGGUCAGAGUUCAGUUCUAACCGUUUCCUUUGACAGUUCUGUUCGUUUAACAGAUUUCAGAUGGUUGAUGUCAACACCUCGGCUUCUCUGUGAUUUUGGCGCUUGUGUCUUUUUUUUUUUCCAGUCGAGGUUCUGACUGAACUUGCAACCAAAUUCACGUCUUGUAUAUUUUUCAUUUUCAUUUAAGUUACUACAACUACAGAGUUAAAUGACAGGUUGUUGGCAAAAAGGAAUAAAAAGAGAAAUGUUAUCAUUCUUUUAGUUUCAGUUCUUGUGGGUUAUUUGUAUUCCAGUAAAAGUGCAGGAAUGGUUUGUUUACUGUUUGGCAUCAUUGGUUUGUUUUAAGAUAUGAAUCCACAUGUUCCAUAAGACCAAAGUGUGACAUUUCAGUAAGGUGAAGCUGAAAGGUCACUACAUCUUCCCCUCAGAACCCCUUAAACACAUCAACCCACUUCUCUCUAACAUUGAUUACAUUACAGGAAGAAUCAGGAUAACUAUUCUGAUUGUAGUUAUUUAGAAUAUAACCUAUCACUGAAGUUUUGAGCUAAUGAUUGUAAGCAUUCUUACUGCUGUGAAUGAAACAAAGGUUCUGGUUCAAUUGAAGCUUUCCCAAUUGGAAAAUAAGUAUAAGGUCAAUAUUUCCACCUGUCAACAUCUCUCGUUUUCUGUCACUAAUUGCUUCAAGAAUCUGUUUUCUAUAGAUUUUAUUUAAAUUAUAUUUCAAUUGUGAAUUAAAACAAACUUUCCUCAGCUAA